AUGGACGGAAAUGAGCCAUCAUUGAAAUAUAUAGAGAAAAUCGUCCUUGAGAUUUAUGAUCGUGGUCAUUAUGGAUUUGUUUCAUGUCGUCGUACUCGCCGGUUAAAGAAAUUUAAUAUUACUAGAUUCAAUGCAAAAGAAGCAGCUUAUGCUUUUCUUCGACAGUACGAUGGUGAAUCGUUUGUUAAAGCACAGAAAAUCAAAGUAUGGCUUAAUAAUCAAGAGUUACACCUUUAUGUACGCGAUCUUAUUUAUGGAAACAAGAAGAAAAUGUCGAAUUCCAUGGUGGAAUUUGUCUAUCGUAAAGGAAUUUUCGGCGAAAUUAAAUGGCCGGUAAUGACCGCAUAUCGAACAAAUAGAGUGCGAUGGGCUCAAGAUCAAACUAUUCCACCAACUACGGUGAAAUCUGCGAAAUUACCGGAGAUUCAUGUGAAUGGAAUGUACUCUCCAAUUAACUCUAAUGAAAUAUCGAAGAAUGAUGUUCGGAGAGUACCAUGUACGGUGUGUAGUAAUCUAACCGAUGAUGACGAUGAUCAAUCAUUAUCGGUAGAUUCUAUUGAAGAGAACGCUCUUCAACCUCUAUGCACAGAUUGUCGCGUCGGUCGAUCGGUUGCUGGUCUUGAUAGGCUGAUUCAUGAACGAACUCAUUCCGUCAGCAAUGAGGAAAGUCAUUUUCGAACUUCGAUUUAUGUUCAUGUGAAUCCAAUUCAUCAUUAA